GGAGGAGAGAAAGUAACAGGUUGAUCCUUCCCCGAAGGGUCGGCAAAGCCGCUAAGGGCCUCAACUCUCAUGGCCUUGAACCCUGAGGACCCCUGUGGUGGGUUCCACCAUGCCAAGGUGGCGGACUUCAUCAACGAGAAGAUGGCUGGGCACGUGAAAGGCCCCGAGUUCUACAUCGAGAAUAUGUCCUCGUCCUGGGAGGAGGUGGAGGGCAAGCUCAGGGCCAUCCUGGAAAACAGCACUGUGUCCAGCGAGGCCAAGGAAGCCUGCGCCUGGGGCGGCCUGGCCCUGAGCGUGCGCUUCGCCCGCAGGCAGAGCCAUUUAGAGGGGAUCAGGGUGCAGUGGCUGCACGACUUCGCCAAGCUGCAUAGGUCGGCCGCGCAGUCCCUGGCUGCAGACCUGAAGGUGCUCACUGCGCAGCAGGAACUGGAGCGCAAGGACGCGGCUUCUCAGCUGCAGCUGCUCCGGGCCUCUCUGGCGGAAGUGCAGAAGGAGCAGGACUGGCUGAGGUGGAAGCUCUUCCAGGCUGUAAGAGCUGCUCCAGUUCGGGUCCUCCACUCCCCUGGCCCCGCAAGUCCCUCCUUUUCCGCCCUCUAUGGGGCUGGGACAGGAGAAGGCGGAGAGGAAGAGGAGACCAUAGCCACGGGGUGGCCAAGCGUGGCCACUGCCGGUUUGGCUGGGACAGGAGAAGGCAAGGAGGAAAAGGAGUUGGCCACAUGGUGGCCAACCGUGGUCACUGCCAAUGGGGCUGGGACAGAAGGAGAGGGCCAGGAGGAAGAGGAGGUGGUGGCUGCUGCUGCUACGGCUGCUGCUGCUACCACUGCUGCUGCUACCACUGCUGCUGCUGCUGCCGCCACAGGAGGAGAGGAGACGGAUGCAGCAGGCGCUACCACCAUCCCUGCUACUGAGGUGACACAGGAGCUGAGCGGAAGCUUCCUGCAGCUUCUUGGAGCUGUGAACCCGAAAAAUUUCACCUCCGAAGGGCAGCGGGAGGGCGAGCCCAGUUCAUUGGGAACAGCCAAGGUUUAUUUCUCUGGGGCUGUGAAACCUGGGCCCACAGCCUCGCCGGCACGCUUUCCUGUCCAACUCCCUGCCUCAUUCACAUACUCAUACCCCUGCCCCUCAUCCUCAUUCCCAGUCCCACCCGCACCCACACCAUCCCCACGAACAGCCACGUUCACAGCAUCAGUUCCACCUCAGAUGGCUCCCCAUCGGGGGGCCUCUGAUGUUAGCUUUUGGUCUGGGGGGGGGGCCCAGGGAAUAGAUCCUCAAGAACCCCAAAGAAGCAGGAGAGACCUCAAAUUCCAUAAGCAGAGAAGGGCUCCAUUAGUGCGCAGGUUGGGAGAUUGGGUCUGCUCUUGGUGUAAAGCUGUGAAUUUUUCACAGCAGAAAAUUUGCUUCCGCUGUGGGAGGGGAAUCUGGCUGCAAAAGUCUGAGUGAAUGCGGAAAUGUGAGCUGGAACAGAAACAUAUCCUAAUGGGAAAUCAGUUUUCCGAGGGAGGGGGAGUGGGGGUAAAGAAGGCAGGAGGGAGGUGAAGUGGG